AUGGGGAAAGGACAGGAAGGGCUCAUGACUUAUCCCUUUCAAGAUCACUUCAAGAACCCCCACCUCUUCUUCUUCUUCUUCCUUCCUCUCGCCGGUUGCUGCUUCACCCACCACCACACCGCCGCCCCACGCCCUACUCACCACCACCUCUUGGCCACCGAACCCCCACCACCCACUGCUCGUCCAACAAGCCGUCUCACUGUUGAGCCCGACGAGCUGUCUUGCCGUCCGCGCCACCGUGAGGCACCGCCGCCGUCCCUAAGCCACCAUCACCACCUCUUGCUGCCGCUUGCUAAGCCGUUCGGGCCAUCGUUGCUCCGAACCGUCACCACCUCCACCCGAACUGAGUUCUUCCCCCCUUGGCCGUGGGUUGAGUCGCGGCUGCCGCCGUCUUCGGUGCGCCGUUCAUGCCGCCGUUGGUGCUGUGAGACUCGUGCCCUCGUCGCCGUCGCGCCACCGUCGCCGCGUGCUCGCCGUCGCCAGAUCAAGAAGAAGCUGGUGAAGAAGAUGAGGCAGAACAGGCCCAUCCCUCACUGGAUUCGCAUGCGGACCGACAACACCAUCAGGUACAACGCGAAGCGCAGGCACUGGCGCCGCACCAAGCUAGGGUUCUGAGGUGUUUUCAUGGGAGGAGGGGGUGCUUUGAAGCCAAUGGAUAUCGAGCCGCUGGG